AUGAGCAAAAGAGGUAGAAGCGGAAGAAGUGGAACUAAACUAAGAAUUUCAUGCGGUCUCCCAACUGGUGCUGUCAUGAACUGCGCUGAUAACACUGGAGCCAAGAAUUUGUUCGUUAUCUCCGUCACAGCUAUUGGUGCCAGACUUAACAGAUUCCCAAAAGGUUCUGUUGGCGAUAUGUUCUUAGCAUCAGUCAAGAAGGAAGAGAAGGAUACUAUCUCUACUUUGAGGGUAAGAAUCUUGAUUGUUUAUAUAUUAUCAUGA